UGCCAAUGUCACAAUCCGUGAGAGGUUGCCUGUGAUCAUCACUACAGUUGCAGACAAUGUCCACAGGAAGAAGGACAAAGUGAUGGAAGAGUAUGGAGAGGAAGGUGUUGAAGACUUGAAGGCAAUUGCUGGUCGGAUGUCCAAACUAAAGAAUGAAGUGCAGACCAAUAAGCAUGUGAUAGCUCUGGAAGAUGACGGCUCUGACACGGCAAUAUGGAACCAGUACCUGGAUGAGGAGACAGCGAAACAUAGGGAGGCUCCGUGCUGGUUUAAGUCAGCCUGGCUGUAUGUGGAGUGCUACAUGUACAGGAGGAUCAAAGAGGCUGUACACUUGAGUAAACUAUUGAAGACAUUGGAUGUUUUUUGUGAUCAGAAGCGUCAUGGGUUUGUAUCGUCCCAAGCCAGUAUUAUAACGCUGGUCGAACACCUAAAGGAGGUGAUACCAACACUACAGUGGGCAGAGAAAAACAGGGAAGUCUUCCAGCAGUAUUUAGAGGUGUGUCUUUGGGGAAAUAAAUGUGACCUGUCCAUCUCGGCUGGGUCAGAGAACUUUCAGAAGACCAGCCCAAUACAGCAGCUGGCAAUGCUAAAACCCCACAUCUUACGUGACGAUACAGAGAAACUUUGGGAGAAACUGACCACUGCACAGAAAGCUAAUCCAGGGAAAGUAAGACUGGACAUUGUGCUGGACAAUGCUGGGUUUGAACUUGUUACUGACCUCUGUCUGGCUGAGGUCCUCAUUGCCAUGGGUCUGGUGAACACGGUUCACUUCCAUGGCAAGACAAUGCCAUGGUUUGUCUCCGAUGUAACAACAGAUGACUGGGAGUGGACUGUGGAACAGUUCCACGCCAGCAACAAUGCAACCAUGUCCGAGUUUGGUCGCAAAUGGAGGAAGUACCUGACAGACAAAACCUGGGUGUAUAAAGUUCAUGAUUUCUGGUGUCUGCCAUUUGAUUACUCAGAAAUGAGGAUGAGAUCAGCUGAUUUGUACAAGGAUCUGGCACAGGCCGACGCAAUUCUUCUGAAGGGAGACUUGAACUAUCGUAAAUUGGUUGGCGAUCUUAACUGGGAUCCGGCGACCCCUUUUGACACAGCACUCAGGGGUUUCCACCCUGCCCCCUUGUGCUCAUUAAGGGCAUUGAAGGCAGACGUUGUGGUUGGCCUAAAGCCUGAACAGGCCAAAGAGGUUGAAAGUCAGGACCCAAAAUGGAUGACCAAUGGAAACUGGUCUGUUAUAUGCUACAGUGGUUUAAGAGAAGCUUAGAACAAUUCCUUGGGAGAAUUCAACUAUUGCAUAGUAAAAAACAAACCUAUACGUAGUUCUCCAAGCGUUUGUAUAAGAGAACAUUUUGACACAUUUUGUGCAUCUGCAGUAUGAUUUGAGUUUUUUGAAUGAAACUGCAGAGGGUUGUCAGCUUGAAUGACUUAUUUACA